AUGGAGAACUCCAAGGGACCAUCUAGUGUUCGAAGCACAUUGUACAACGGGAAGAAUUCCCUACUGCCCCCUAAAAGCCCAUUUCCCAGCAUAUCCCCAUCCUACCAGGAAUACAUCCCCACUUCAGCUAUUGGUCCAAAAACCCUCCCGAAGCCUGGAGACGUAAAUUCACACCACCACCAGCGCACCUCCUCUGAAAGCUUCUUGAUAGACGAGCAGCCUUCCUGGCUCGACGAGCUCCUGGACGAGCCCGAAACCCCCAUCCGGAAAGGAGUCCACCGCCGGUCGUCAAGCGACUCAUUUGCAUAUAUGGACAUGUCUAAUGUGGGAGGCAUGAAUUACAUGGUUCAAGAUGAUCCUAACAGGUACAAAAAUACGACACUGUCCCCAUGGGGCUCUCAGGACUUUGAUAUUUACAGGGACGCAAGGCAGAAGGGGUUUUAUGUGGGUUCGAAUCAUUUCGGAAGAAGCAGGAACAUGCUGUGGGACCCACCUGCUGCUGCCACUGGGAUUUCACGUGGGCUUCCUUCUCCCAGAGGGAAUACACUCGCCCACAAUGCGGGGUUGUUGAGCACCUCACAGGAUGCGGAUAAGAAUUUGUCUCUUCCACCCGAGAAGAAGGAUGCGGUCGAGUUGAGUCAUCAGGAUCUGAAGGGGCCCGCCGAGAAAAAGGAGGCUUCUCAUGGCAAGUCCACAGAGACAGACAAUAAACGUGCCAAACAGCAAUUUGCUCAGCGUUCGCGGGUCCGGAAGCUCCAAUACAUAGCUGAACUUGAAAGAAAUGUCCAAGCUUUACAGGCAGAGGGUUCUGAAGUUUCUGCUGAACUUGAAUUCAUCAACCAGCAAAAUCUCAUUCUGAGCAUGGAGAACAAAGCACUGAAGCAACGCCUCGAGAGUUUAUCUCAGGAGCAGCUUAUCAAGUAUUUGGAGCAUGAAGUACUAGAACGAGAAGUAGCAAGGCUAAGGAACUUAUAUCAACAGCAACAGCAGCCACAUCAUCAUCCCCAGACAACAACUUCAGGCCACCGACGUGCAAACAGCCGAGAUCUCGACCAGCAAUUUUCCAACCUCUCUCUGAAAAACAAGGAAGCAAGUCGUGACUCGGUCUCUGGUCAACAGCUUCACAUGUAG